UUGAUAUUGCCUUAUUCCCUUUUAUAUUGCACCAAGCCUUCAUUUCAGUGGUUCGGCGAUCUUGUCACGCUGAAAUGGUGGGAUAACCUGUGGUUGAACGAAGGUUUCGCUUCAUUUGUGCAAUACAUUGGAGUCAACGAAAUAACCCACAAAAAUUUCAGAAUGGAGGACUUUUUCUUGGUGGAAGCAUUCGCACAAGGCAUGGAAGCUGACGCGGUAGCUUCAAGCCAUCCGCUAUCGUUCAGAAUUGACAAGGCUCCAGAAGUUGCUGAGGCAUUUGAUGAUGUCACCUAUCGUAAAGGAGCAUCUGUUCUCACAAUGCUGCAGGCUCUGGUUGGUAAAGAGACCUUCAAGAAUGCCGUGACGCAAUACCUCAAGAAAUUUUCGUUCAACAACACCCAAGCUUCUGAUCUGUGGGAGGUUUUCGACAAAGUUGUAACGAAUGUCACGGGUCCAGAUGGUAGCCCUUUGAAAACCACUGAACUUGCUAACCAGUGGACUACACAGGUGCAGUAG